CACAAUUAUGACUGAUUGUCACAAUAAACUAGAUAAUUCUCUAUAUAAGCCCCUCAACUGUCCUUCCAACACAUUGUACCUAUUGUGCAUCCUCGACUGAAGACAUAGCAGCAAAAUGAAGUUUCUCGUGUGCCUCCUCUUUGUCAUCGUUGCGGCCAACGCUCUGACAAAGGAACAGAAAGAAAAGCUCGACAAGAUUAGCAAAGAAUGCAAAAAUCAGUCGGGAGUGUCGCAGGAGCUGAUUGACAAAGCUCGCACUGGCGAACUGAUCAACGACCCCAAACUGAAAGCCCAAAUCUACUGCGUGUCCAAAAAGGCCGGCCUUGCCACCGAAGCUGGAGAAAUCAACAUGGACAACCUCAAGACCAAACUGAAAAAAGUCGCUGCUAACGACGACGAAGUCAACAAAAUCAUCCAAAAAUGUGUCGUGAAAAAGCCAACACCGGAAGAAACGGCCUUCGAAGUUUACAAGUGCUUACACGCCAACAAACCCAACUUCUCCGUCGUUGACCUAGUAGUGCAGGCCGCAGCAAAACAAGAUUUCCACAAGAAAUGUCUCGCUUCCUCUGGAGCAAACGCUGAUACGAUUGCCAAAGUCCGGAACGGGAAAUUCUCAAACGAUCCCCAAACUCAGAAAUAUUUCGGUUGUAUGUUGCGUUCUGUGGGGGUAGUAAACCAAGCCGGUCAGUUGCAAGUUGCUGCGCUACGAAAACAGGUGCCCAAGGAUAUGAAAAGGGACGAAGCAAUGAAGAUUUAUAUGAGCUGCAAGGAUAAGAAAGGAGCGAAUAAUGACGAAACGGCCUAUUUGCUGUACAAGUGCUUCUGGGAGGCGUCCCCGCGCCAUUCCAUCCAAUUCUCGGAAAUGGGCAGAAAGAAUUUCGCUUUCCAACUGUUUCAUUUACGCACCAUUGUCACCCCUGUGAAAAUGUUUGUCCUUUGUCAAAAUGAAGUUAACAAAAAUGUCAUUGUUCAUUCAUUAGCCUUUCACUCAUAUCAUCGUUUUGUCAUGAAACUUCCAAAAUUACCGGUUAUAAAAAACAUAGUAUCCCUCCCUGGCGCAUACACCCUUAUGAAAUAUUUACUCUUUCUGACGGUCAUAACUCUAACAUGUGGAAUUUUUGCAUUUAGCCUUUCUAACCGAGAGCAAGCCAUUUUUCUGAGCACCUACUCUACGUGCUUGGAGACUUCCAAAGUGGACUCCGAACGUGCCCUUCGAACAGCCAGCGGAAUUAUCGACGACGAGCCAAAACUGAAAGAGUUUCUUUUCUGCAUUAAUAAACAAAACGGCGUUCAAGACGACGCCGGCAACUUUGUGAAAGAUGCAGUGCGGAAACGCAUCGAACACCCUCUCCUGACCGACAAGACAAUGGAAAUAAUCGUUAACAAGUGCACUAGGAAGCGGGAAACGGGCGAAGAGACCGCUUACCAGUUCUUGAAGUGCUCGUACUUCACCAUCAUGAACGAGAAACAUCAAUAGUCUUUGCGCAACAGUUAUCGACGUCCUGGAGGACCUCAAUAGCGCGCCCGUCGCAUUCACAGGACGCAGGGUCAAGGCUGCAGGAUUGUUCAGCGAUCGCAAACAUCGAUAAAUCGCAACUGUUCUAAGUUUGGACAGAGAAAUAAACGUGUUUUACUUAUAA